CGGUAUUACGUCCGUAGGAGUAGGGCGCGUAGCUUAUACCGGUUGCUCGAUCGUGGAGAAAAAUAGAGGCGCGAGGGGAAACUUCGCGACGAUUGUUCUACCAGGGAAAGUAUUCGCGCGUGUGGGAACGCGAUUAGUAUCUUCGCGCGACAGGACGUGCUUGUAAAAAAAGAAACCUAGAGACAUUUUUCUUCGCGAAGUUUUUGCGAAAAAUCGCGAGCCGAAACGAUCGUGACUUUUCGCGAUUUCGAAAUUUCCACAACGUAACGAUCGGGUGUCUGCGCCGGAAAAAGUUACCGAGUGUUCGUUCAUUUUGACGCAAAAGUUCGGCGCGGAACGGACAAGACGAGCGGGUGUAAACUUUACUCGGAUCUCAAUUUCGCGGAUCUCAAUUUCCUGUAAAUCGCCUGUGCCUACGCAAUGGGCUCGAAGGACGAGUGGGACUAUUCCAUCCAGAACGGACCCAGCACGUGGGUAACGAAAUUUCCCAUGGCUGCCGGUUCCAGGCAAAGCCCGGUGAACAUCGAGACGAAACGGGCGAAAUCCGAUCACGAGGCUCUAAGCAGCAAGCCGCUGCGUUGGAAAUAUCCGGCUACAGCUUCUCGGAAGCUAGUUAAUCCCGGUUAUUGUUGGCGAGUGGAUACCGCGGGCGAAGGAACAUUUUUGAGCGGUGGACCGCUGAUGGACGAUGUCUACAAACUGGAGCAGUAUCACUGUCACUGGGGAUGCAGCGAUUCCAGGGGAUCCGAACAUACGGUGGAUGGUCAAGCUUUCGCCGGAGAGCUGCAUCUGGUGCACUGGAACACCAGCAAGUACAAGACUUUCGGCGAAGCUGCGAAAGCUUCCGACGGUCUGGCCGUUCUGGGGGUCUUCCUUAAGGUCGGCAAGACCCACGAAGAAAUGGACAAGAUCGCGCGCCUGCUGCCGUACGUCUCGCACAAGGACGAGGUCGUAGAAAUUACGGAACCUAUUGACCCUGGUAAACUCCUUCCCGACGAUAACGGUUAUUGGACGUAUCUGGGCUCGCUGACGACGCCGCCAUGCAACGAGAGUGUCACUUGGAUCCUCUUCAAAAAGUACAUUGAGGUAUCCCAUCAUCAGUUGAACAUUUUCCGCAAUCUGCGGAAGUUCCCACGCGGCGAGGAGUGCCCGUGUCACGAGAAUCACGGAGCGGUGAUCAACAACUUCCGCCCACCGAUGCCGCUGGGAAAUCGCGUCUUGCGGGAGUGCGGUAGCUUCUAAGGUUUGUCUUUCUCUUCACCCGGAAAAUAGAAAGGGACGAGAAAAGGAGAGGGUAGGGAUGAUCAUCAAGCUUCUCUUCAUUUUUGCGGAUCAUCGAACCCGAAGCGACGAGUUUAAUACAGUCGCUAUCAAAUGACAGCGUUCAACGUGCCUUUGGAUUAACCAACGAAUACACUCGCGUUACGCGAGAUCCUAGCUUUCGUUGUUUUCUCGUAAUUAAUUUGCAUCGCACAUAAUCGAUUUACUUGUGUUAGGAGAAAAAUUUUCGCGGCGAGAAGAAAAUUUCGAUCAUUCUAUAAUACGAAAAAAUGAAUUGAGAAUAUUUGAUAGCUUUAACUCUUCAACGACAAGCUCGACGUAUAUUAUUUACGCGAUAAGUUGUAGAAUAUAGAUCGUAGAACUGGCACCAUUAUUGAACGUACCUCGGAAUCACCGUGACUUUGGUGGAGUGUAUAUGUGUAAAACAGUGUGAGUGUAUAUGUAAAACAGAAGCGCUGUUUAUACAAAAAUUCCAUUACACUCUUCUUAACAAAAAUCGAACAUCGGUGUUCACAUUUUAAAAGAUAUCUUACACAGAUAUGCUAUUCUUGUUGAACUCGUUGAAAGACUAAUUUUAAAUAUAAAUUAAGUAAAACAUUUCUGACCAACCGCAUGUCUUUUGACCGAGUAUCAACGAGAGAAUAUAAAAAAAAAUAUGUUCGUUAUUUUUUAUUGGACGUAAUGACAGGUAAUUAAUGAGUGUUUUUGGGUGAUAUCUCUGCUGCGAUAAUGUCGAUUGAAUCUUCUGCAUAAUUAGAAUAAUAUCUGAACAUAUUAUCGCGUCCCUGAAUCAUCCGAAAUAAAAUGAGUGGCAUUUUUUUUUUUGCGAAAGCAAUUGUUUUAAAUCGCUUGUGUGUCAGGUGAUAAAUCUUUAACGGGGAACGUUACGGACAUCGUGUAUAGUAGCUACUAAUAAACGUGUAUAACAAUUUUAUUUUUUAAUUCAAGUGCAAUUAUGAGUGAAACGUAGAAUAACAAGCGUCUGCUUAUCGCGCCUUGAGGAAUCGUAGCUUUCUCAUUAAUUAGAAACUUUCGCUUGUGCAACACUCGUGCGGCUACGAAGGAAAACGAGGAAUGUGCCUACGCACGUGCGAACGUGGAUACGCAUCAUUUUGGCGGUAGAAGAUAAGACGGGAACGUAAAUAAUCGCGAAUAUGGCUCAUCGCAACGCGCGUCUCAUUAUAUCGCCACAAACGUUAGAUUAAUGUACAAUAAUGGACAAGAUGUAUAAUUUUUAAAUGUAUAUCCGCGAUAAAAUGAAAUUCUGUUCGAUCUCGAUCCGUCCUCGCGGCCAUCAGUCAUCGACCAGAUUCGCUUCCGCAAAUCGGCGCGACGUGCUACGGGUACAAUGAUUCACCGUGUAUAUGUAUGGAUGCUAUACGUUAUACAUUAUACUUUUAAAGAAUAGCCGUCGUAUUUAUUAUAAAGCAGUGCCUACGAUUGUUGACGCGCGAGAAAUGAUACCGAAGAUGGAGUACGGCUCUCCAUUCACAAUACCGUGCUUGUGUAUAUAGACUCUACACGUUUACGAGAGUAAAUCCGACAUGAUCUAAUUGCAUUGCGCAAGGUUUAUUGCACGCGCAUCACUGAUGCAACAAGUGAGAUGCUGAUGCCGCUGUCACAGCGGCUUUUAUCGCCUGAUGUUGCUUUAAGAUAUGUAGCAACAGGUGACAAUUGGUAUACAACAGAUGAGUCGAAGAGAUAAGAUAAUUUUUUCCCUCAGUUUCUGUCGCCUCUUAAGUAUCUCUCAGAGAGAACGACAGAAAAUAUGUUAUACAUAUACAUAUAUGUAUAUACAUAUAUCGUGUAUUUACAAUAUAGGAAUUUAAAAAAUUAACUAAAAUAAAAUAAAAAAUUAAUUAAUAAAAUAAUUCUGGGUUCCAAGUUACAGCUCUCGAGCGUCAACAGAGUCAUUUAAAAUAGACGAGUUAGUUCUGUGUACUUCGUAAUAUAAUUCAUAAUAGUUCUUAUACUUAUUUAGAUAUAUUUUACUUUGUGUCAUACACUGGCGAACUCUUUACGUAUUACAACGUGCUAUUUUGUCUGAUGUACGUUAAAUACAUAAUUAUUAUGCACUUUUGACAUUUUAUCGUAUUCUCAGGAAUCGUUGUUUGUUAUUUCUAUAAAAUAUAUAAACGUCUUCUUUCAUCGUCGCGUCUUCGAUUUUUGCUCGUUUGAUAGAUGCAUGUAUGCCGAUGUUUUAAUUAUUGUUAAUGAUGUAAGAUAUAAUAUACGUAUUUUGUAGCCUCGACUGUGAUAGGGGAAGAAAAUAAAGGACCGUUCCGUUUGUUC